AUGCAACCAGGCGAGGAAGGGGACGCAGAACAGGAGUUGGAAGAGGACUUAGAACAGGGGUCGGAAGAGGACGCGGAACAGGGAUCAGAAGAGGACGUGGGACAGGACGUGGUACAAGAAAUAGAGGAAAUAGGAGUAGUCGCUGACUUGGAACAAGAAGAGGUCAGGAAAAUGAGGAUGAAGAAAGCGGUGUUAAUGAAGACUGUCCUAAUAGCGGAACAUAGAGUGUGA